GCCGCCGCGGCCUCCGUGCUGGAGCUGGUGGCGAAGCGCGAGCGCUCGCCGUCGCCCUCGGAGCCGCUGUCGCCCGGCGACGCCCUCAACCCGCCCUCGCCCGCCGAGUCCACAUUGUCGCUGGCGUCGUCGGGUCGCGAUUUCGACCCCCGGACACGGGCCUUCUCAGACGAGGAGCUGAAGCCGCAGCCCAUGAUCAAGAAAUCCAAGAAGCAGGUGAGUGCUCCUUUUGUUCCCGAGAGCAUGAAGGACGAGAAAUACUGGGCUCGUCGCCGCAAGAACAACAUGGCGGCCAAGCGGUCCCGCGAUGCGCGGCGCGUCAAGGAGAACCAGAUCGCCCUGCGCGCCGGCUUCCUCGAGAAGGAGAACAUGGGGCUGCGCCAGGAGCUGGACCGCCUCAAGAAGGAGAACCUACUGCUGCGCGACAAACUGGCCAAGUUCACGGACGUCUAGCGGCGCCUCCGGCCGCCGCCGCCGCCGCCGCCGCCGCCGGCUCGUGGAUGGAAACCAGCCACAUUGUGUCCACCGCCCU